UUUCAUUGUAUUUUAACUUUCUCUUACACUAUCGAUUAUACGAUUUAGGUGCAUUCGUGAACAGAAAAGUUGUUUUUAUGUAUGUUGCCUAUCAUUCAAGUUCUACAAAUUAACAGUUUUCUAGAAUCUCAUUAGUUUAUCCUUUUCGAGAAUAUUUUUCUAUAAUGAAAAUCAGUAUCGCGUGUUAUUAAGUAUAUAUCUAAAUAGUUAAUUAUCAAAAUGAAUAAAUCUGAACUUAGUGAUAUACUUUUUAAGUGGUUGCAGACAUUUGAAGUUGGAGUUAAAUAUAAAACAUUAGCUGACUUAACUGAUGGAGUUGUUCUCAGUCAAGUUCUUAAUCAAAUUGCUCCUGAGUGGUUCACUUCUGUCUGGAUGACUAAGAUCAAGACAGAUGUCAAUGGAAAUUGGAGAAUUAAAAUGAGUAAUUUAAAAAAAAUAUUAGAAAAGGUGCUUGAUUACUACCAAGAAGCCUUUUCUCAAAGUGUUAGCUCCAGUGUAAAACCAGAUAUAAGCAAGAUAGUUGAAAUGAAUGACCCAGCUGAAAUGGGGAGGAUGAUUCAGUUGAUACUAGGCUGUGCUGUUAAUUGUAAUAAUAAACAGGAAUACAUUAAACGCAUAAUGGAUAUGGAAGAAAGUGAGCAAAGAGCGAUGAUGGAGUGUAUUCAAGAACUAGACAGUGGUGGUGCUCUUAGUUUUUCUGCAAGUCUCUCAUUAGAUCCUCAUGUCGAACAUUUGCUAUCCCAGUUAAAUGCUGCAAAUCUAACUAGAGAGAGAGCUGAACAAAGAUGUCAUGAAUUAGACUUACAGGUUGGUUUUCUUCAAGAAGAAAAAUCAACUCUUCUUGAGGAAAGGAGAAGACUAUUAGAAGUCGGAGGAGCUGAAGCAGCCCUAAGGAAACAAAUUGAAACUUUAAGAGAGGAAGUUUUUAAGCUUGAAACAUCACGCGAUGAUUACAGAUUAAAAACGGAAGAACAGGAAAGAGAAAUUGCUGAUUUAGAAAUUAAGAUUGAAGAAGCAGCUAAAACUGCAAUUGAAGCUAGGCAAUUGAAAGAUGAAUUAGAUAUUCUCAGGGAAACUGCAGAUAAAGCUGAUAAAUAUGAGGCAACAUUAAAUUUAUAUAAGAAAAAACUAGAAGAAACUGGUGACCUUAAAAGAGAGCUCAAGAUGUUGGAAGCAAAAAAUCUUGAAUAUUUACAACGCAAUAUAGAACUUGAAGAAGAAAUAAAAAGGGUUUCACCAAUUAAAUCGCAGUUAGAUGUUCUGAAAAGGCAGGUUUCUGACCUUCAAGAGAAAUUAUCAGAAGAAACCAAACAUGUGGACAAAUUGCAAUAUGAUAAUAAAGUUAUGCAAGACAAGCUCUCUGCUGCUUUAAGAGAAAAGCAGAGGUUAGAGGUGGAGAGAGAUUCUUUGAAGGAAACUAAUGAAGAACUUCGUUGUGCUCAGUUUCAAGUAACUAACACUAGUGGUGGACCAGAACUGGGUGGUUCGGUUUCUGAAAGUCUUAUAUCUCAUUCAGAACUCAGGCAAAAAGUAGCUAGGCUUGAACAUGAAAACAACAUGUUAAGACUUGCUCAAAAAGAAAAAGAGGAAGAUUCUUUAUCGGUUGUUCAAAAUCUUUUAGAUGAUGCCCGAGCUCAAGUUGACAAAAUGUGGGAAGAAAAUCGGGCUGCAAAUCGUAAGAUUAUACAACUUGAAGGAGAACUUAAAGAAAUGUCUGAGUCGGGUGAUAAAAUAAAACUUAUGGAACUCCAGCAAUUACUUCAAAGGGAAAGGCAAAAGUACGCUGCUGAAUUGGAAGAAAAAGAUAAUGCUUUAGCUGAAAAUAAACAAGUAAUUUCACUAAUGACUGUAAAAUUAAAUCAAAAAGAACUGGAACUGCAAGAAGGCGAAGAAAAAUUGAAGAAAUAUGUUGAGAAAGUGAAAACUGUAGCCAAAGCCAUCGAGCCUAGUCUUGAUUUGUCUAAUACUGACUUAAGCCUUUUGAGGAACCAGCUAGCUGAAAGCCAAAAAUCUGUUAAGGACUUACAAAAAGAACUUGAAGAAACAAGGAAAGUUUCUGAAAUGGAAGAAAAAUUGAUAACAGUUGCAUUUCAUAACUUAGGCCAAGUCAAACAGAGAGAAGCUGUCGAGCAGAGGUUAGCAAGUUUAGGUCAUGGUCAAUCUUUUCUUGCACGGCAGCGGCAACCUGUCGGGCGAAGAAUCAACACCUACAAUUCCAAAUAGCAUUAUUUUUGACAUUGUUAGUUAUAACAGUUGCUAAUCUUGUUCAGAACAGGAAUGCUUCCUCUUGUCACACAGUAAGUUAUGUUCCUUCUAAAACAUUUUCUGUUGUUUAAUAUGUCUUAAUUGUGAUAUUAUUAUUCUAGUUUAAUUAAUCUGAUUAUUUUUUAUUUAUAAUUUUACCUACUCCA